AUGACGACAGAAGCACCCAUUCAAACAAAAGAGCCCCUUGGUUCUGGUAUGGACACUGGUGUCCCAUUAUUUGCAGACAUGGGGGGGAUCACAGGAAACAUGUUACUGCUCUGCCUUAUCGGCUUAACUAAUGCAAAUACCAGUCCUUCAUUUAACAAGGUGGUUUACAAUGUGUGUGAAGACACACCCAAAGGUUCCUAUGCAUUUACUAUAAAUGCAACAGACGCAGAAGGGGACACAUUGACAUUUUCACUCACUGAGCCCAAUGCCGCAUUUUUCAAAGUAGACAGUGCCACUGGGAGAGUAUCAGUCGAAAGAGAACUAGACAGAGAAGCUACUUCUUCUUCUAAUGUAAUGCCGCUUGGAGUUUCUGUCUUUGAUGGUGCCAAUCGUAGAUCAGGAAAUUUAACUAUAAUAUUAGAUGAUGCCAACGACAACCCACCCAUAUUUGUGAAGUCUUCAUAUGAUGCUACCGUCCUAGAAAAUACCCCUGUAGGUACGAGUCUUUUUAGGGUGCAGGCAACGGAUAAAGAUAUUUCAAGUGCUGGUGUUGUUCAAUACAACAUUGAUUCAGUUAUUCCAGAAGAUGGAACCAGUCUUUUUAGCAUCAUAGCCACGACUGGUGAAGUCAGAUUAAGUGGACGUCUGAAUUUUACCGAAUUAAGCACUUUCUAUCGCCUGACAAUUAACGCAACUGAUGGUGGAGGCUCGUGUUUUUAUACAACGCCUGUUUACCUGCAUAGCCUUACGUUUUCCAUCAUUACGGUUGUGGAUGUCCCAGACCUCGACCCACUUUUCAUUCAUACUCCCUAUGUAGAGAAAGUUAAAGAGAAUUCUCCUCCGGGCACGUCUGUGUUAAAAGUUUCUGCCAUAGACCAGGACUUCGGAAUCAAUGAUGAUAUCAUCUAUAGCAUUGAAGAUUCAACAGCAGAGGGCUUGUUUACAAUCUCACCAACUGACGGCGUCAUAUCUGUAUUUUCAAACAUUGACAGAGAAGCUAUUGGUGACAGAGUUACCCUGACUGUAAAGGCUACUGAGUCUAAUGAAAACAUCCACGGGAUCCGUGCCAGCACCACAGCAGAUGCACAGAUCGACAUCACUGACGUCAAUGACAACAAGCCAGAGUUUUACAAGUGUGGACAUUCCUGUGUGAAAGAGAGUCACUUUACAGAAGAGGUCAAAGAGCACUCGUUGGGCUCCAUUUCCUUCAAUAUGACGGUCAGAGAUCUGGAUAGGUUUUCUACAACUAAACUAACCUUGGAGGGAGUUGACAAGGAUGUGUUUUCCGUGGAACCUCAAUCUACCACGUCAGACAGCAUUGUUCAGUUUAUGGUCAAGGAGCCCCAGGAGCUGGAUUUUGAAAAGAAACAGCAAAUGGUUCUACAAGUCAUUGCCAUAGAUGAAGAGGAACCCACCUUCCAAUCCACUGCUACAGUUACUAUUAUAAUCAAGGACGACAAUGACAACAGCCCAGUGUUCCCACAAGACACAUAUAAAUUGAAGGUGGCUGAGCACUCUCCUGUUGGGACAAUAUUGGCUCACGUUACUGCAGAUGAUCCUGAUACGAUGGAUCAAGGCAACAUCACCUACAGACUUCUUCCAGACAGCAUACUACCGUAUUUUGACGUGGAUCCGCAUACGGGCGCAGUUUAUGUGAAGAACGAAAGUCUGGUGGAUCGUGAGCUCAGAUCUCUGUAUUCCGCCACUCUGCAGGCCAGAGACACAGAGGGCAAUCCUGGCACCACAGUACUGGAGAUCACUUUGACUGACAUCAACGACCAACACCCAGUCAUCAACAGAGACUACUACAAGGAGUUUGUGAAAGAGGGUCAAGACAUUGAAGUUUCAAUAGAGGCUACUGAUGCAGAUGACCCUGAUACAGUAAAUGCCCAAAUUGUAUAUGGAAUUUUACCGAGCAGAUACAGUGAUAACUUCACCAUCGACCCUAACACCAAUGUGUUAAGAAACAUCGGUGAGCUUGAUCGUGAGGCUGUAGAUCGAAAGCUGAAUGGGACUAUCGAGCUCGUUGUGACUGCUACUGACAAGGGUAUUCCCCCACUGAGUGACACAGUCACAGUUAUCAUCAAUGUAGAGGAUAUCAAUGACAACUCACCACAAUUUCAAGCCUCCUAUUACAAAUUUUCUGUCAAAGAAGGACAAAAAGGUGCCUUUGUGGGUUGUGUUCAUGCUGAGGAUUUGGAUCAAACGAAUGAAUUUAACCGCAUAUCUUUCAACAUCAUUGAAGGAAGCAUUGGCAGCUUCAUGAUUCGCACCUCUGCAGAAGAGCGGGGUUACAGGGGAAACAUCACAGUGGACCCUGACGUUGAGCUGGACUACGAGAGCGCUCGCAAGUUUUACAAACUGCAGGUGGAGGCGGCAGAUAUGGAUCAGAAGAAAGCUGUAGUGACAGUGGAUGUGUAUGUGGUAGACGUGAAUGAUGAGAGGCCAGAGUUCCUGCCAGCAGACCUUGUGAGAGUGAAGGAGAACUCCACCAUUAGCAGGGUUGUUGGAAGCUUUACAGCGGUGGACAAAGAUGGAAACCACUCACUGGUCUACGAGCUGGAGUCCGUCAAAUGCAGAUGUAAUGGCUCUUGGACGCCCUGUAGCUGGUUUAUCCUGGAUCCUACAGGGGAUGUCAGAGUCAACCCUGAGCACACGUUGGAUUAUGAACAGUGUGACCAGGCUCAGGUGGAAGCUCAGGUGGUGGACGAGUACACAGAGAAAGGAAAGAACAACAGUGUCACAAACGGAAAAAUGGAGAUCCUCAUUGAAGACAUUAACGACAACGCUCCAGAAUUCAUUUUGUCAGAUUCUGUGUAUGUUGUGGUGUCAGAAAGUGCCAGCAAGGGGACAUCAGUUGCAAGAGUCACUGCUACAGACCGUGACUCUGGAGAUUAUGGGAAGAUUGAUUUUGCAGUAACAGCUGUCCAGUUUCGAGACACCCAAAAUGUUGUAACUGAAAAGAAGCUGCUGUUCAAGGCUGAAGCCACACAGCAACAGGACAUGUAUGAAGCACUUAUUCAAACUUCUGAGGCGCUUGAUACGUCACUGAAAGGGAAGUAUUUGGUAACAGUGAACGCAACUGACCACGGUGGCCUCUCCACCAGUACCAUACUGGAGAUUAUCACAGUUGACGUAUCAUAUAAAGUGGAGCUUGAAUUUAGACCUCCCCUGGCUGAAGUUGAAAAAAACAUUGAGGAAAUCAAAGGUGCUCUUAAAUAUGCCACUAAGGCUGAAGUGGAGAUAGCUACAAUCAGGGCUAACAAUGCCGAAACAGUCAGGGCUGCAGGUCAGACUAUUGUUGAUGCAUAUUUUGUCUACAAAAAUGGGACUGCUCUCACCUCUUCUCAAGUGGAAAAGGUCAUCUCUGAUCCUGAACACUCUGGUGUACUCAUAGGACUUGGCCUCUCAGACAUUGGGAACAUUCCGGAGGAAGAAGAGACAGACCCUGUGCAGUACAUCCUGCUGGGGAUAGUGGCAGGUCUUGUCAUUGUGCUGGCCGUCCUCACUACUUCACUCAUGUGCACUCGAAGAAACUACAGGAGGAAGCUGAGGGCAGCUAAAGCUAUGAACUCUGCAGCCAUGAUGACUUCUGACAACCAGAAAAGUGGUCCUGUGGUGCCUGGAACCAACAAGUACACCAUGGAGGGGGCUAAUCCUGUUCUGAACCUCAACAUUGACACUGCCAUGGUCCUGGAUAUGGAUGAGGAGAGCUCAGACGUGGACAAAGUCAGCCUCAACUCCCUGGACUGUAGCGAUGAUAUGAUUAACCCUGAAAAAGAAAAACCUAUGCAGAUGAUCAAGGAGGAGGAGGAGGAGGAUGACAGCGGGCCACCAGAGUACAUCGAGCCCCUGGGUGAAGCGCUGGCACAGCGGGGCAAGAAGAGAACCUCCAACAAUCCUCUCAUGGGUUUCAAUAACCCUGCAUUCAGCACUACAGACCUGUGAUGGAAACAAUAAAAGGAGAGAUGCUGACAGAGGCCAA